CUAAAAUUUAUAACGACAAGAAAUUAGAAAGCAACAUGGCCACUUCUCUGCUCUUCAGACCCUCUCUCUUUCUCCCCUGUUCUCUAUCCACCAAGCCCAUCUCUUUCUCUCUCUUUCUCCCUAAAACUAAGUCUUUUCACCUCAAAGCUACAAUGAUGGAGGGGAGUGAAAUUAAGGAGCAAGAAGAAGUGGGUGCCAGUGGAAAGAAGAAAAUAUUUGUUGCUGGUGCUACUGGAAACACCGGGAAGAGGAUUGUUGAGCAACUGUUGGCCAAGGGUUUUGCGGUCAAGGCUGGUGUUCGUGACAUUGAUAAGGCUAAAACAACCUUUUCAGGCAACAACCCAGAUCUUGAAAUUGUGAAAGCAGAUGUAACUGAGGGUUCAGUAAAGCUAGCUGAAGCCAUUGGUGACGAUUCAGAUGCUGUAAUAUGUGCCACAGGUUUUCAGCCUUCAUGGGAUUUAUUAGCUCCGUGGAAGGUAGAUAAUUUUGGCACAGUAAAUCUCGUUGAAGGGUGCCGCAAACUUGGUGUUAACAGAUUCAUCCUUAUCAGCUCCAUUUUGGUUAAUGGUGCUGCAAUGGGACAGUUGCUAAAUCCGGCUUACAUAUUCCUCAAUGUGUUUGGACUCACAUUAGUAGCAAAGCUUCAAGCAGAACAACAUAUCAGGAAAUCUGGUAUCAACUACACAAUUAUAAGGCCUGGUGGGUUAAGGAAUGACCCUCCAAAGGGAAAUAUUGUCAUGGAACCACAGGAUACUCUAUAUGAAGGGUCGAUUUCUAGAGAUCAGGUUGCUGAAGUUGCUGUUGAGGCAUUGCUCCAUCCAGAAGCUUCUUACAAAGUGGUGGAGAUAGUUGCUCGUACUGAAGCUCCUAAACGUUCGUUGGAGGAACUAUUUGGUGCCAUAAAGCAACGGUGAUUUACUUCGAAGAAUUUGGUCCUAUACGAUACACUGAAAGAUAAUAUAUGUUUACUGGCUGAGGCAAUUUUGUGUACCUGUGUUCUAAAAUGGUUGGACUACCGUUUGAUUCUGCCCAUUUUCCAUCUAAGU